AUGUCUGAUCCCAGUCUUUUUUGUAGGGAUCCUCCUCUCGGAACAGCGGCGCAUCCGGCGAAACCGAGAGGACUGCCGCAUAACACCCCCCCCAUGAGUCGUAUUUGUGCGGAAACGGCUCUUAAGCACUGGAAUAUUCAGCGAAUGUUUGUAGCUGCGCGACGUGAGAAGGAAAAGGCAAAAUCGAUGCAAGCCCACCUGGAUGCGCUCCUCACGGAGAAGAGUAGUAGAGAGAAGGAACUUCAGGCCGCCAUUGCUUCCUUGCCAGCCCCUCACGAAAUCGAAGCCCUAAAGACGCGAUUGCAUGCUGCCCGUGAACAUAAACGGAGCUCAGCGAAAAAAAUCAACGACUCGGAUACAUAUUUCACAGAUGUUUCUGCCAGGACACACGGGGAAUAUCGCGGUGAGGCGAGACAAAAUCGAGAAUACAUGGAAUUGAAGCGUUCCACCAAAGUUCUUAAGGAUGAAGUUUCCCUUUUAAAGCUACAGCUACAGGAGUUGACCGGCAAUGUAAACAAGAAUGAUGUAUGUAAAGACGCCACGGAUCCUCCUGGCGGCGGAAAAAAUGUUGUUGAGUCUCCAAAUGUUUUUAAGGAAAUUCUGGAAUUAAAAAGGGAAAAGGAAAUGUGGAAUGAGCGGAUAAGAAAUGCGACGGCUGCCUGGCACAUGGCAACGAAGAGAGAAGCCAGACUCACCCGACUCUUGGAAACUUUAAAACGAAAAAUGGCAUGCACACCUCAACCAUCAAGGAAUCCAGCGAAGUCCAUGAAAAAGAAGGUGAAGGAAAGCCCCGCAUUGGAGGAGGUUGCUGCUGAUUCUUUCACUCCUCUAAAUUCAGUGAAUUUUCUUGCCGUAUCGGUGAGUCACCAGCCCGAAGAAAACUCCGCUUCAGAGCCCCCAACCCAAACCCGAGAAAUGGAAUUGUCCCUUCGGAUCUCAUUGAAAGGAUCUCACGAUCAGACACAACGAGUUUCCUUUUUGGGAAUGGAUGACGACAGGAAUUGCAGCUAG